AUGUCUCAGGGACCUGCGGCUGGCAUUGGUCUUGGCAGCACCUACUCCUGUGUGGGUGUCUUCUAGCACGGGAAAGUAGAGGUACUUGCCGGUGAUCAGGGAAACCCAACCGCCCCAAGCUGUGUUGCUUUCACCCAUAUCGAAUGAUUGAUCUUUGAUGCUGCAAAGAACCAAGUUGCGAUGAACCCCACCAGCACCCAUUGGUCCUUCAUGGUGGUGAAUGACGCAGGCAGGCCUAAGGUCCAGGUAAAAUACAAGGGAGAGACAAAAAGCUUGUAUCCAGAGGAGGUGUCAUCCGUGGUUUUGACAAAGAUGGAGGAAACUGCAGAAGCCUACCUUGGGAAGACUGUUACCAAUGCUGAUGUCACAGUACCCACUUAUUUCAAUGACUCUCAGCAUCAGGCUACCAAAGAUGCUGGAACUAUUGCUGGUCUCAAAGUACUUAGAAUCAUUAAUGAGCCAACUGCUGCUGCUAUUGCUAAUGGCUUAGACGAAAAGGUUGGAGCUGAAAGAAAUGUGCUGAUCUUUGACUUGGGUGGUGGCACUUUUGAUGUGUCAACCCUUACUAUUGAGGAUGGAAUCUUUGAUGUCAAAUCUACUGCCGGAGAUACCCACUUUGGUGGAGAGGACUUUGACAACCGAAUCGUCAACCAUUUUAUUGCAGAGUUCAAGCGAAAGCACAAGAAGGACAUCAGCGAGAACAAGAGGGCUGUCCGUCGCCUCUGCACUGCUUGUGAGCGUGCUAAGCGCACUCUCUCUUCCAGCACCCAGGUCAGUAUUGAGAUUGAUUCCCUCUAUGAAGGAAUCGACUUCUAUACCUCUAUUACCCGUGCCCGAUUUGAAGAAUUAAAUGCUGACCUGUUCUGUGGCACCCUGGACCCUGUGGAGAAAGCUCCUCGGGAUGCAAAACUAGACAAGUCUCAGAUCCAUGACAUUGUCCUGGUGGGAGGCUCAACCCGUAUCCCCAGGAUUCAGAAACUUCUGCAGGACUUAAUGAAAUACUGA